AUGAAGUCCAACGAGUUAGUUUCCAAGAGGCUCGCCAAGGCUGCUGUCGCAAAGGUGAACAACCCUGAAAUGAAUGCCUUGUAUGAGAAACUCGAUAGUCGAAAUGGAGGGGAGUUCGUCUUCCGCCUGGCGAAAGCGCGUGAUCGCGCCGCCCGGGAUAUCGGGGUAGUGGAGUCCGUCAGAAACAGGGUGCAAUCCUGAGAAGGCCUAGCAAGGUCAGGCGUAGGUGGAAGGAAUGCUCCGACGGGCUCCUUAACAAAGAAUUCGACUCUAAGAUCAGCUCCCAAUCGGGGUCAACGGCUGGCCCCAUCAAUCUCUGGAAAGAGAAUGAGGGUUGAGCCGAUAUCCAUUAAACACAAGAGCAGAGAUACUCAAACCUCAGUAGGUUUAACAACAAUGGAUCGCAUGGUGUCUAUUGAAGAUAUCAUCGAAGGAUCUACCGUAUUGGUCAUAUGGAACGAUAGACACAAUGCGUACAUGCUUUUCAGUUCGUCAGCUUAUAGUCAUUUUGUGAAAGAGUCUUCUGUUCGUCGCCUUGGACUUGCCACGGUUUUUCCUAGUCUACCCAGAAGGAAUUGGAUUUUGGGAAAGGUUUCCCAUCUUGAUCUUUGCAUCAUUAGAAAGGCUGACAAUCGGUAUAAUCUUCCUGUCGAAACCAAAGUGUACCGUGUCGACGUUGAUCCCCUCGAUGUUCAGUCGAAGCGUGUUCCUGCAUAA